GAGAGAGAGAGAGAGAGAGAGAGAGAGAGAGAGAGAGAGAGAGAGAGAGAUCGGAGAACACACAGAUCCGUCCUCUGUAGAUCGCCUACACAGUGUCAGAAAUAGAGCUGAGUUUAAGGCAGGUGCGUACAAAGCAUCUACAUGAGACCCUGGGCGGUGAGCUAAUACACAAUCUAAGAGAGGAUACAGGUUGAUUGACUAACGUCAAGACGGAAAACGAGAAGAAGAAAAAACGUGACGACAACAGAAAGCAAAGAAGAAAAAGAGGAAGAAAAGACGGAGAUGUACACUGAAAUGGCCCAUCUAUUAACGGUGUGCCCCUAAACCAAUCAUAAAACCUUCUCUCUACUGUGCUAGGAUGCAAGAUCAAUGGAGUGAGACUGAAGAGAAUUACAUCCUUCCAAAGACAGAAAAGGGAUUUUGAGAUACUCGUGCGACUACUUCACAAGACAGGAUAUGAAGAAACAGAGCAUGCUUCAUCUUUGAGACUAAACCCUUGGUACUCCUGUCACAUGAACUUAAGAGAUAAGUGAGAGGGUGAUAUUAAUAACGGACUAAAUAGUCUACAUCACAGUGAAUCUGCAUUAUAUUAUAUCAGUUUAAUUAUGAAAAUGGGACAGAUUGCAAUAUUUCUUCUGCACAUGCAUCUGCUGCUCGGAGUCGGAAGUUCCUUGGUUACUCAGUCCAUGCCCUGGAGAGUGCCCUGCCCUCACCAGUGUGUCUGCCAAAUCAAGCCCUGGUACUCUCCCCAGUCUGUGUACAGAGAGGCUCCUACAGUAGACUGCAAUGACCUGCUACUUAUCCAGCUGCCCACUUCCCUCCCUCAAGAGACACAAACCCUCCGGCUGCAAAGUAACCUCAUCAGUUCUGUCGACCAGAGUGAACUCCAGGGCCUUGUCAAUCUGACAGAGUUGGAUCUCUCCCAUAACAGCUUUACCAGUACCCGCAACCUGAGGAUAACUGACCUGCCAGCUCUUCUCAGCCUACACAUGGAGGAAAACCAGCUGAGACACCUCCCAGAAGCAGCUUUCUUUGGUCUCCCUAGCUUGCAGGAGCUGUACCUCAAUCACAACAGGCUUCGAAGCAUCUCCCCUGGGGCCUUCAAGGGUCUGGAUAAACUUCUAAGGCUUCAUCUCAACUCUAAUCGAUUGGUUGUAAUUGACCGGCGUUGGUUCCAUGCUUUGCCACAAUUGGAGGUUCUCAUGAUUGGUGGAAACCCUGUGGACAUUAUUCAGGACCUAAAUUUUAAACCGCUGAGCUCUUUGCGCAGUCUAGUCCUGGCAGGCAUGGGCUUGCGUGAGAUCUCAGAGAGAGCUCUAGAGGGGCUUGAAAAUUUGGAAAGCAUUAGCUUUUAUGAUAACCAUCUAGUAAAAGUUCCAAAAGCGGCAUUGCAAAAGUUGCCGGGUCUAAAGUUCCUUGACUUAAACAAGAAUCCCAUUCAGCUAGUGCAGAGGGGAGACUUUCAAAAUAUGCUUCACCUGAAAGAGCUUGGCUUAAACAACAUGGAAGAGCUGAUUUCUAUUGAGCACUCAGCAAUGGAAAACUUGCCUGAACUGACUAAACUGGAGAUCACAAACAAUCCUCGACUCUCCUAUAUCCACCCUCAGGCCUUCCAAAAGUUAUCGAGUAUGGAAAGUCUAAUGCUGAACAGUAAUGCCUUGAGUGCCCUACAUAGCCAGACAGUAAGGUCACUGCCCAGCCUUCAAGAAAUCAGCUUGCACACCAAUCCCAUUCGCUGUGACUGCCUGAUCCGCUGGGUGGGAGCCGACAAUGACAAGCCGGUCCGUUUCAUUGAGCCUCAAUCCACAUUCUGCUCUGAGCCUCCUGAGCUGAAAGCCCGACGAGUUAAAGAAGUCUCAUUCAGAGAGAUGGCAGACAGCUGCCUGCCAUUGAUUGCCCCAAGCACAUUCCCCUCUUACAUUGAAGUCAAACAUGGAGAAAACAUAGCCUUGCACUGUCGGGCACUGGCAGAGCCAGAGCCAAACAUCUACUGGGUCAUUCCCCAAGGUGUGAGAUUGACUCCAUCCAGCAGCUAUGGGCGCUAUGAGGUUCUCACAGAAGGCACGUUAGAGAUUUUUGGAGUCACUGCUGAAGAGGCCGGAUUCUACACUUGUGUCGCGCAGAACCUAGUAGGAGCUGAUACUAGAAGCUUAACUCUACAGGUGGAGGGAGGUGACCUGCUUCGUGCAAGUACUCAAAAGACAGAGAACAGCUUUAAAGUUCAGGAUGUCAAGGAAAGGUAUGCCUUACUAACCUGGCAAGCAAGCCGUAAUGUCCCUGCUGCACAUUUAUCAUGGGUGUCCAAUGGCAGUCUGGAUGCCCAUCAUAGGCACAGCACCCGAAUUCUAGCUGGCACCAGGAAAUUCAACCUAACCCAUCUGCUACCAGGCACUCAUUACAAAGUUUGUCUACACAUGGGGCCAAAUGACACCUCAUGUGUCCAUCUAAGGACCAAGGAGGUGUCCAUGCCAGAUCCUUUACCAGACCUGACCCCAGCUGUCCUGCUGGCAGUUUCAGCUCUGCUCCUUUUAUUUGCAGCCAGAGCAUGUCAUGGGGGAGCCUCAUUCGGUUUGAAAGACCACAUGCUGGAGCUUGAGAAACCCCACACCACCAUUCUGACCCAGGAGCCGAAGGCUUUCGUGACUCCUACAGUACUAGUAAAGCACCUGAAUCGCCAGGAUCCAGACAAAGUCCUAUCAGACAGCAAAGGGAAAGACCUCAGAAAUGCUUCACUGGGGCAAGAUGCUCGGGGGCUAACAAAAGAGGCAUGCUGAGCAGAAUAUAGAAUUCAAGAAGGACAGACAAGAAAAAAAUCCAUGGAGUAUAAGUUUCACAAAGCUCACUUUACCAAUCUGACAUUCAAAACUACAGAGUUCUGAAAAAUACAAAACUAGACAGUUAAGUGGCAAACCCGCUUCACAUAACAGCAACCCAGUUUCAAAGUAUAGUAUAAAAACAAAACAAAAAAAGAAAGAAAUUAAAAAAGAUAUUUGUAUUUAUUUUAUAACAAAAAACAUUCAUCAAAUCUAUGUAUAUUAAAAGCAUUUGCUCAUAUAUCCACAUACAGUAUAUCAAACUAGGACACUAAAGCUGUGCUCCCAAUCAUAAAUAAGUUCAUAUAGAGUCUGUUUAUAUGCAACCUCCCAACUUCACGAGUCCGUGUCACAACAGGCUUAAUGGUUGUAGAAAGAUAAGCACUUAUAUAUUUUUAAUACUGAAGAAGAGACUGGCUUGACACAGGAAAGCAUAGAACACAAAUAUCAAGGAAGCCUCUAAAGAACUCAAGAAGGCAGAAUUGAAGUCUUCUGAAAUGCAUUCUGCGGGCAACAAAUCACUUUUUGUUUUUGUGGUGAAAAACCCAACUGACUGAUCUCAAAGCAAGCAUUAUGAAAAGAGCUGAUAUAAAGAGAGGUGUCAUAAAUGUUGUAUAACUAAUGUUGUAUGUACUCUCUUUAACAGUGUGUUAAAUUGUGCUUUGUACAAGGACCCCAAGAGAAUGCUCCUAAGUUAAGACCAUCCCAGAAAAAUGUUAUGCUUUUAUGCAUAAAAGAAAAAUCUUUUUCUUCCUCAAAAAUGAACCGAUCUAUACAUCUGACAGGGGCCACAAACUUAUGACCUAAAAUGCUCAGAAUGGGAUGUUUGCCUAUUUUGGUCCCCUUAUUCCUGAAAUAUGACAGACUCUUGCUUAGAAAAACAAUUCAAGUGAACAGACGUUCUAGUUUUGAUGGACGUACUGCCUAGACAUAUGUGUCGGCCUCUUUGUUCAGACAUGUCAAAAAGAAGAGAGGGUCAUGGAGAAAGCCUGUGGAACAGCCCCAUGAUGCCAUCCUUUCUGGCAAAGACGGCAAACAUUUGAUGACAGGAAAGAAGUUCACGUCUACGUGCACACAGUUUUGUACAAAGUAAGCACGUCAGAGCUCCAAUCUCUUUCAUUGCUGAUGAAAAGUGCGGGUCCUCUCGAGAUGCUAAUGGGACAAUACUUCAUGGAAAGAUAGUGCCAAUUCUUCUUUCUGUAAAAAGAAAAAAAUGGGCUUUUUCUGAAAACAGUUUGUCAGGUGAAUAUUCAGUGAACAGCACAUGAGCUCUGCUCUGACUGCUGGACAGCUAAUGAGAGACAGACCCAGUGAAAGAGAGGUCAGAGGACACCAGUGUGCUCCUCUUUUAUCCGGGAAAGGAAAUAAAGCAGCACUGGUGAUUGUGAAAUGUUCUCUUAUGUUCUCAACUAUGGGGAAAUCCAUAUUUUAAAGGCUGUCAUUUUACGGUAAUUUGUGUGCUUUGAUUUGUAUUUUAUUUUUUAAGUUUGUGGUUGAUGUGCCCUCCUGUUUCAGUGAUUCUCUCUCUUUAACUUGACCUCUUGUCUUGUCCUCAAAUUGUUUUUCUUUUAUUAUUGUUUGUUGCUCAUUGGUCUUUUCCCCACCCCAAAGCUGUACAUAAGUCAAUCUGAGUUUCCUAUUCAACAUACCACUUUCUGAAAUAAUUUAGAUGACUAUGUGUUAAAUUCUAUUUUGAGCUAUUAUUAAAACAUUUUGGACUGAU